CAAUAACGUAACUAUCUAAUUUGACAAUAGUUUAAAUCGCGGUUGUAAAUGGUCAAUUUCGAAUGUGCAUCUUAUGUUCUUGACAAGUGCGCUUUGCCGUCUCGGCAACACUUUACAUUUGUAGGUAAUUUUGUGGAUAUACCACCCGUACAUAAGGCCCAAAUACAAUGAGAAAGGCAACAUAGGUUUUAACCUAUAGUCUGUUUUUAGGGUUCCAUAGUCAACUAGGACAACCGUAUGUCCGUCCGCAAUUUGCUCCGUAAUCGUUAGUGCCAGAAAGCUGAAAUUAGAAAAAUGUUUUUUUAGGGCGGGGUCCCUAAUAUUUUCGGAAAUAACAAUUAUUCCUCCCUUUCCCCCCUCUAACUUUUGAACCAUGGGUCCAAAAAAUGUGAAAUAAAUGUGAAAGGCUUAGUAAAGACUUUCAAGGAAAAUUAAAACGAACCUGAGGGAUAUUGCACUUGUAAAUUCGUAGCUAAGUGUGACAGGGAGGCAACACGUGUAAUUUUGUAAGUGUGACAGGGAGGCAACACGUCGAACGUAGUUCGCGGUAGGCCUUCUGAUCGGUUAUGCCGUUUUGAGUUUUUGCAUAAUGCCAUACAGUCAUUUUAUAACUACGCAAGAAACAAAUGAGCGUUCCAUACUAUGCUUUGGGCAGUUCAUAGUUAAAAAACAGACUAUAUGUAGAUACAGAGAUAAAUAGGUAUUAUCUAUAGGUAAGUCACCUGAACUUUAAAGGCUGUGGUGAUCGCCUGGCAGUUAAUCGAGUCUGCAGUAAACAAAGAACAGCCAAGCCGAGCUCUUGACACUUUCACGUGGUUUUUGCUAAACCUGUGCAAAUAUGGAUUGCCUGUAUGGUUGUCAUCGCCUUGCCGGAGAGAGCGGUAAAUUAUGUUUUAUAAUGGUUACGUAGAAAAAGACGGCAACAAAGUAUCAAAGAAGAUUGUUUCGUGGUUUACAAACACUCAAAGUAAUAAUAACAUUGUUGUGACAGUCUUCAGUUCAUGUUUUAUUUUUCUACGGCGAGGACACCAGUCACAUUUUCCCUGCGGCAUUGGAAAGUUUAUUAAACAUCAUAUCCUGUUGAUGUCAAUGAUGUUCGGGUUUUGGUGGUGCAAUUUGUUGACGAUAUUCAGCAUAUCGGCCAUUAGCGUUGCAAUCAACAGACCAGUUUACAAGAUUGUCCUAAACUCGAAAGGAUAUGCACAGUUCAUUCAAUAUGACAUCGACGUCCCACCGUUGAGGGAGUUCACGCUGUGCGUGUGGGUGCGCGUGACCAGCCUCGAGAGCGACCAAAGCAUUUUCACCUACGUCGGUACCGACGAUAAACGUAUUAUGCGCUUAUGGCUGGAGUCGGGAGGUCGGCAGUUGAGGAUCUCAUUCGAGCAUGACCGAGUGACGUCCAGUGCGGGCGUCGAGUUCACGGCGGGCGGCUGGCGGGACGUGUGCGUAUCCUACCAGGCGGACCACGGUGCAUGGGCUUUGUAUGUCGAUGCCAAACUCUUAUUGUGCGAAGGUUCACCAAAUCUUCGAGGUCUUGAAUUUCCAGGAAAAGGAAGUUUGAUAAUCGGAUAUGGGACAUCCGAAAAAGGUUUUCCUACUGGGCUGUCAGGAGAGAUAUACGGUGCAUCUCUGAUAUUAUUAUCAACAAUUGAACGGAACAUCACCAUGAACAUAAAUAAUUGGAAUAAACUAAAAACCACCCAGAAAAACAAGUUCACAUCUAUAAGUAAGGAAGGAGACCAAUAUAUUGUUCUGGGUGAUUUACAAAAGGAUGAUAUGCAGACUGCGAUUCCGCUUACCAUAAACAAGGAAUAUGACUUUUUCUCCUCCGGUGUAACUAGGCAACAGCUCGAAGACAACUUGAAGGUAUUUUCUAGACAUCCUUCACAUGUAAGUGUACCAAGAAAUGAACAAAAACAUGAAUUUGCAAUUGAUGACAAUAUUACGUCUAAUAAAAAAGAAAGGGAAAAAGAUUUUAACCGACUAUUCAAAUAUAAUGAAUUUAAAGCACACCGUGGCAUAAAGAAAGAGUUAACUAGUAGCGGUACACAAGAUUUACCAAUAGUGCUUGAAUAUGAAACACCACCGACCAUCAGUGCGUUAACUUCUGAUUAUUCUAUCAGAAACUCAGACCGAGGAAAGACUACGAAUGAAAACAAGCAUGACGACAUAAUGAUUUCGGAUGUAGAGAAACCUCCACCACCUGAACAUGACACCAAGGUUUAUGGACAGUGGACGAGUUCAAAAUUUGCGAGCAACGUUUUAAGUUAUUUGAAAAAUAUGAAUUUUAACAUAAACAAAAAACAAAAGAAAGUAAUGUCAACUUUGUCUGAUGGAAAAUUUAGUGAUUUAUACCCAUAUCCAUCUGAAUUGACACAUGCUAUAAUACGGCCACCGAUCAAUUACAAAAAAAGAAUACCGAGUACUAAAAAUCCUCAUUAUAUUAUAAGAAGAGAUAUUAAGGAACAUCAAAUCAAUGUGCAAAUCAUUAAGUCAGAUGACAGUGACAUUAUUUUUCCCUUGAAAAAUGUUGACCCCAAACUCAUAGAAGUAACGAACAGAGGAGAUGCAAAAACAGAAUUAAAAACAACAUUACACAAAAGUGAGGAGAAUAACACACCCUUUGCUUCAGAGGAAACGAGUAAUUCACAAAACGUGUUACACAAACGUCAGUUUGACAGCAUUAUAAAUACAUCCGAUAGACAUAGAGGCAGUAACUUGAUGAAAAUUCUUCCAUUUCUGAAAUCAAAAGAAUAUUUUGUGAACAACCGUCAUACUCAAUCAAAAAAUAUUAAAAUUAAUAAACCUUUUUCCAUUAGCCUAUCAAGCGGUGGCCAAUGGAGUGAUUUUUAUCAAAGAAUAGCAGAUAGGCAAAGUAGUAACGGUGAUAGCCUAACAGCUGGUCGCGCUUUGGCUAAGGAAGUGUCCAAUCAGGCUAAACAAAAUAUUUACAACGUUCCCCUUUUAAAAUAUAAACAUGACCCAAUAACGCCAACAAGUAAUAACAUUGCGGUUACAGUGGUAAAUGACUAUGAUCGCAAACAAGCAAGUAAUCAAAUUAAUUUUAAUAAACAAGUUAAACUAGGAAAUGCAUUAAAUGAACGAUUCAUUGGUUUUGAUGUGCACCAAAUUAAAAAUACUUUCUUAGAUGGAGACGAUGCGAUACCAGAUAUUAAUAGAUACCGAUCUAAAUCGAAUUCAAAGAUAGAAAAUAUCCCGGCAUCGCUUGAGAUAAGGGUCUGCAAAAACGUUGAAUUAUAUGUACACGAAGAUGAAAGCAUAGGCAAAAGCAAAAUUAAAUCGCCAGUUCAGAGGAGAAACAUUGGCAUUGAAUUUGUUGUGCUAAGUUACAAAAGAUGUUCAACUAACGAAUCACCUUUAAAAGAUAGCCCCUUUAUACUAAUUGAUUGGAUAAGAACUCCAGUCAAACUAUUUGGGGGUGCGUAUGCCAAGAAAACCAAAGAUUUGUGUGGAUUUUUUUGAAUAUUUUUUAUUGAUAAUUUAUAUAUUUAGAACGUUUGCGUAAUCUAAUCCAGUAAAACACGCUCAUGCGCUAAGAAUACAGUUUUACCAACA